UUAAAAUUUCGGAUUACCAGAUAAAAUAAACGUAAAACGAAGCGGCUGUUACGAAAUUGUGUAUUUGUAAUAUAGAUAAAACGAAACGCAAAAUAGAGUCAAAACAAAGAUAAAGAUGGCGAUGUUGAGAGCGGUAGUCAAGUGGAUCCUUGUUCUAUGUUUUGCGAUUUUUUGCAUUCAGUAUUGGCUGGACCAUAAAUCUUUUGUAUUUUCCCAUGAUGAAAUAGCUGCCAUUACUAAAAAUCACAUUGGUUCAUCAGCAGAGAAAUCCUUCCAAAAUGUUUUAAAAGAAUUGCGAAAGAAAUAUCGUGGUCAUAUUUUACCCGAUAAAGAUCUACAAUGGAUAUUUAUGAAUGCUGGUGGUUGGAUGGGGCAGAUGUACGUCGUUCACGCCUCUCUUACAGAAUAUCUCCUUUUCUUCGGAACAGCCAUCGAGACAACCGGACAUUCAGGUAGAUAUUGGGCUAAUAUAAGUGAUACAGUAUUAACUGGUACCUUUAGACAAUGGCAUGAAGGAGAAUUAACCUACAAGACUUAUAAACCAGGUGAAACAGUUUACCAUUAUUGGGGAGAGGCUACUGCUGUAUCAUGGACUGACAACACGUGGAUGGUGGAAUAUGGACGAGGUUUUAUACCAUCAACGCUAGGAUUUGCGCUAUCAGACACAUUCUUUAGCACUCAGGAUUAUCUUUCCUUGUUUUAUAUUUUAAGAAUUUACGCUAAAGCUCUUCUACAGGAGGGUGGAUUUUAUUUCAUCGAAUUAAAAGAUUAUCUCAAACAAGCUUUAUGAUGAAAUAUUAUUUAGUUUGCAUGUUUGUGUCUGGACAAAAACCAUGUAAAGAAUAGAUUGUCCAGUCUCUUUAUGAAAAAAUAUUAAUUAAUUGUUUGCGUCUGGACGAAAACAGCGUAGAGAAUAGAUUGUCCAGUCUCUUUAUGAUGCAAUAUUUUUUAGUAGUUUGCAUCUGUUUUGUGAUACUCCUGGUAGAUUAAUUAAACCUUUUAAAUUUUAUUAAAUGGAAGCAGAAUAACUACUUAACAAAAUUCUUGAAGUAUGCUUAGUGUUUUCGACUAAAAUCGUUGAUUUAGGACUUAAAAUGUCGGUCAACUAGCUUAGUGUCUGUUUUCAAGCGAAGCUAACUGUAGACAAGACAGGGUAAGUUUAGUAUGAUAAUUUAGUUUGUAUGUAUAGUUCGGGACAAAAAAAAAAAUGUAUUAUUUUUUUGUCCUAGUUAUAGAGGAUAGAAUGUCCAGUCUCUUUUUGAUGAAAUCUAGUUUGUAUGUUUACGUCUGGUUGAAAAAAAGUAUUAUAUUUUGUUCUCCGGGUUCCUCAUUCCUUGAAAAUUGAAACUAAAUUAUUUUAAAAAUGCAGCCUUUUCAUUGGCUAAAAGCUAAAUUAUGUACUAUGAUUUUAACCAAUGAAAAACCAGCACCCUUAAGAUAUUUUAGUUUCAAUUUUCACGAAUAAGGCCCCUGGUAGAAAAUAGAAUGACCAAUCUCCGUUUGAUUAAAUAUCACUGCAGAAUUGAUGUUAUACGCCAUACAAAUAAAUGUUUUUUACUACCGGUAUUGAAAAUAAUGAUCAUGUAUCUAUAUAUAGCAACCCAUUAAUAGUACAUUUACUACUAGAUGUUAUAAUAACACCAUGGAGCAGGCGGAUUCAUGUGACCUCAUUGUUUACGCUACAGUAUUUGUUUUCCUGUACAUUCAUUACGAACUGGUCAAAAUAUGGUUCUCUUACCAAGGAAACGCUUAGCCGAGUUUUUACUUGCGACGCCAGGUGGGAAUCCCUUCAGCGAGGACGCCCAUUAUGUAUGUAUGUGACCAUUAUUGUAAACUAAUGUUUAGUAUGUGUUAGGAAUUAUAUAGUAGAGCAGUAACAAUUUCAUUGUUCAAUGCUUUGGGAAAAGAUAACUUUGAUUCUAACUGAUGGAGAGGGAUGAAACUUAAUUAGUGUACGUUAGUUUCCUUACAAGGUACUUCAAAACCUUGACUGAGUUUGAUAGUCAACAUUUUCUGCUUAGACUAAGUAUAGAUAAUCAGUUUGAUUGCUUAAUACUUUUGAAAGAGAUAAAUGUGUAUUUAAUUAAUAUGUGUAUUCUAUUUAUUUGGGAUUUCGGUUGGAUUGUUAAAAUUUAGAUAUGACAUCACCCUAUGAUUUUCAAUAUGACAGUCUUACUUUAUUGAAUAUACUAGAUAAAAUAUUGGACCUGCGUGAUGAUAUCAUUGUACAGGAUAGUGUUUCAUCCAAUCUGAUUAAAAAACAGAUCUAUAUUUCGUUAAGUUAUUUUAUACUUUCGAUGGCCUCCACUACACGAAGAUAUGACGGGUUGAAGCGAUAGGUCGUGUCAGAGGUCACAGGAGCAGUUUUGACUCUAUGAUGUCAGACAUUUGAUUAACCAAUCAGCAUUGAUGUUACUAGUAGAUUACCCACAGUUCCGUAGAAAACACGCCUAAAGCUUGCCGUAACAGACAGUUUCAUUAGCUAUUCCCUCACAUCAUUCAGAACACGUCAAUGAUAACAACUCUUCCAGAUUCUAGUGUAGUAAUUAAAAGUAAAACGAAAUUUUGAACUAUAAAAAUGAAAAGAAAUAGGAUCUGUGUUUUAAUCAGAUAGUGUUUCAUUUUAAGUUGUUUAAUGGUCAUGAGCGAGAUAUCAUGCAGUAUCAAUAAUUUAUUUAAUGGUCAUGAGCGAGAUAUCAUGCAGUAUCAAUACAUUAUUUAAUGGUCAUGAGCGAGAUAUCAUGCAGUAUCAAUACAUUAUUUAAUAUCUCGCUCUCGACCAUUAAACAAUACAUAAAAUACAGAUGUGACAUCAUCCUUUUAACGGUACGGGCUAUGUGCUAAGCAUACAUUAUUUAUACUAGUUGAAAUUUUGGACUCCCAUGACAUAUUUCAUUGCUAAGCAUGCCCAAGUGUCUGUAUCUUAAGUAGUUUAAUGGUCUCAAGCUUAAGACAUUGGGUGAUAUAUUGCAAUAAAAGCUUGGGACUCGCGUACCUCAUAUUGUUUCAAUAUGUCUCGCAAUGUCUCGCUCUUCACCAUUAAACAACACAUAAUUUGGGUUUUAACACUUGAGUGACACAUCGAAACGCAUCGCACAAGAGUGGGAACUUAGCAUAACUGACUCGCUAGUAAACGUUAUGCAUAUAAAAUGACAACUCACAUCUGUAUAUGACAGACAUUUAAUUUGUUAAAGUCAUUUUUUCAUAAGUGAACAAUAUCAACUUUAGAAUAUAUACAAUUACGCUUAUCAAAGAUCCAAGAACCACUAUUGUAAUAUGGUCGACCCAUUUGUCAGAUUGACUUGAUAUUGCUCAAUUAUGUUACUAAAUACAGUAUGGAGAAUUAAUCUAAUUAAUUAAAAAAUUUACUUGUAAAUAUUCCCGCUUUGAGUAGAAGAUAAACAGUAGAAUGUUAAUUAAACCCCAUUUCAUUUCAUUUUUCAUAUAACAUAGUUAUCUCCCUUGGUCCAGAGUUAUGUGCCUGCCUACCUAACUCUAGGUCUGGGGAGACAACUCUGCCAUAUGCAAAUCAGGAAUUGACAACUGCGGUUCCCGGUAGCUCAUUUUAGAAACCGUCUGAAGUUACUGCUCCUUAGACUACCUCAACCUUCCCUAGUCACAGAACUAGUCUACUGUUUUAAAUAGUUCACACAACAUUUAUGAUUGUAUGCUCGAAGGGGGCAGUAGUUUCAGAAGGAGCAAGCUGAUCAUUGCAUUAGUUUCAGAUUAUUGCAUUAGUUUUCGCUGAAUUAAAUCAAUCCGAUUAAAACACAGAUCUAUAUUUCGUUUCAUUUUUUUUUUAUACCUUUGAUGGCCUACACUACAUGAAGAUCUGACUAGUUGCAGUGGAAGGUCGCGUCAGGGAUUGUACGACCAGCUUUUGACUCUAUGGCAUCAGACAUUGAUUAAUCAAUCAACCUUGAACUUUCUAGUGGUUUAUUCACUGUUCCAUGCAUCGCACACCAAAAACUUGCCGUAACAUUGGCUAAUCCCUCACUUCAAUCAGAACAACUCUUCCAGAUCCUAGUGUAGUAAAGACAAGUAAAACGAAAUUUUGAACUAUAAAAAACGAAAUGAAAUAGGAUCUGUGUUUUAAUCAGAUUGAAAUUAAAUAGAAUUGUAUAAUUUAUGUAUGAAGAUUAUAUAGAAUGAUUUUACCAAAUCGAUACAACAUACUUUAUAUAUUCAAUAAUCGUUUAUUCAUCCAGUUGUGCCAUGCAGACUAAAAAGUUUGCUCUUCAGGAACACAUUAUUUUGUUUCAGGUAAAAUGAUAAUUUAAA